ACCCCACCAUCUCGUGUCGCCCAUCAGCGUCUGAGCCUGCUAGCCAGUGUUCUUAGUCGCUCAGGUCUUCCACCCCCCGUCUUAGGUUAACGUUCUCCGGACACCCGUCUAACAAAGUAUAACACGAUGGCCGCAGAGCUCCAGAAGAAACACAGCGAGCUCGAGGGAACUCCGGACCCGUUCCCUUCUCUCGGUGAUCCCACCCCGGUCUCUUCCAGGCCUGCGGCACGUACAGGCAACAGGCAGGAGCUCGACACUGACUCUCACGACGCCUUCCCGACUCUCGCUCCCUCUGCCGCUACUGCGAACAAGCCUGCCGCCUCAGCUUGGGGCAGUGCUCCCGGUGGUGGUGGUGGACCUCGCAUCAAGCCCACCGUCGUCCAGCACCCUCAGGCGACCGAGUCCUUCACGCUUACCGCGAUCGACCUUUCCUCGGCUGGAAGGGAUGGCAAGCCGAUGACUCUGGGCGAUAUCAUGAAGCAGGUCAUGAACAAGUUCAAGGUCAAGAUCGAGGCGUCGACGAACCAGAGGACGAAGCAGACGACGUUCCAUCUCAAGGCGGACUCCAAGAAGGAGCUCGAGAAGGGAAAGAGGAACUUGGUCUCGCUUCUUAGCCCGGUCGUCUCUUUGGUUGUCAACGCUCCGGCUUCUACGAUUUCCACCAUCAUCGGUCCCAAAGGUGCUACGCUCAAGCAGAUCCGCGAUCAGACGAAUGUCAGAGUCGACAUCCCUCCCAAGGAGUCCCUCCAGAACGGACACGCGAACGGCCAUGCCAACCACACCGGCGACGACGAGGACGAAGAGCCGACCGUGCCCGUGACGAUCACCGGUCCUCAACCCCUCGCGUACGAAGCCCAAGGAUUCAUCAACCAGAUCAUUUCCUCGAAGACCUCUCGCACGACCCAACGCGUGCGCGACAUCCCGGCUUACAUCGUUCCCUUCGUGAAGGCCCGUCGUUCGGUAUUCGUCGAUGCCGCCCAGGGCGGUGACGUUGAACUCAAGCUCAACAGCGUCGACCGUGAAUUCCAGGUCUCUGGUGAUCGAGAGGCCGUCGUUCGCGUCAUGGAAGCCGUCCGCGGGACCGUCGAAGCGUUCUCUAACAACCUCACCUCGGUCAAGAUCACGCUUCCGAAGCGUCAGCACCGUCUGCUCGUCGGCAAGGCCGUCGACGAGAUCAUGGCCAACGGCAAAUGCUCCAUCAUUGUUCCCACACCCGAAGAAACGAGCGAGGAAGUCACCGUCUGGGGUAAACCUGAGGAUCUCGCUGCCGGACUCGGCGCCGUCAUGACCAAGGCGAACUCGCAGUACAUCCACGAGUUCCCGCUUCCCGGUCCUAUCGCGCUCUCCAGACAGCUCUUGACUUAUAUCAUUCGGACUGGGUACACGAAGACCCUCUCUGCGGCUCAUCCUGGCGUGUCGAUUUUCACACCGAACCCGGCUAUUGUGGAGAAGGCUUCAGUGUUGAAUAUUGAUAUCGUUGGGGAGAAACCGGUCGUGGAUGGGACCGUCCGUUUGGUUUCGGAGUUGAUGGGUAAAUUGAUCGGUGCGACCAAGGAGGUCAACAUCGACUGGUUGGUGCACAAGAUCCUUCAGAACAAGAACGCGAAGAAGAUCAAGGCGUUCCACGAGAACAACAACGUCUCGCUCUUCUUCCCACCGGAAUCGGAGGAACAGUCCAGUGUCCUCCUCGUCUACGAUCCUGCCUCGCCUUCUGCCUCGCUCUCUCCCGUCGAGAAGUCCAAGAACCUCGAGGACGUCGCGAAGGAGCUACUCAAGCUCGCUCGUGAUGCCGCGGACGUGAAGAGUCAGACGAUCACGGUCGAGAAGAAGUGGCAUGAGGCCGUCGUCGGCAAGAAUGGCACGACUCUCAAUGCUAUCAUCGGCGAGGAGAAGACCCUUUCGAUCAAGGUUGGCGCUGAGGUCGGCGGCGAGUCCGAGGAUGUCAUUCUUGUUCGUGGCCAGAGCAGCGAGGUCGACCGUGCUAUCAAGGAGAUUCUCCAGAUCGUCGAAGACGCGAAGAACGACCAUAUUCUUAGCGGACACUCUGUCGAGUUCGAGAUUGAUCGCGAGUUUGUGGGUCGUGUCGUCGGUGCCCAAGGCGCGGGUGUCAACAAGCUCCGCGACCAGCUCGGCGUCAAGAUCGACUUUUCGGACGAGAAUGACGAGAAGGAGAAAGACGGCGGGAAGAAGAAGAAGGCCGCUGCUCAUCAGAAGUCUAAGGUUCAGAUCGUCGGCCGUAAGGAGAACGUCGAGGAAGCGAAGAGACGUAUCCUAAGUCAGGUCGAGAGGCUGGCCGAUGAGACUUCUGAGGUUCUUAAAAUCCCGAACCAGUACCAUGCUGGCCUCAUCGGACAAAACGGCAAAUACGUUAUUCGGUUGGAAGAGAAGUACUCCGUCAAGAUCACUUUCCCUCGCGAGACUGCUGAGAAUGGUGAAGGCAGGACGAGGGAACACCUCAAGGCCGACGAGGUUCUCGUCAAGGGUGGCCGUAAGGGUGUUGCCGGUGCCAAGUCUGAGCUCAUGGAUGCCGUUGAAUUCGAGAAAGAAUCCAACAACAUCCUCAAGUUCACUGUCCCUGACCGCGCCAUCCCCCGCAUCCUCGGCAAGGGCGGAGCCACCAUCAACGAGAUCAAAGACGACACCGGUGCCCAGAUCGACCUGGACAAGACGCAAGAGGGCGGGCCCGUCGCACAGAUCACCUGUCGUGGGACGAAGAAGGCUAUCGCUGCUGCUAAGGCCGCGAUUCAGGCCAUCGCGGACCAGGUUGGUGAGGAGACGACGGUGGUGUUGAGUGUGGAGAGUAGGUUCCAUAGGACUUUGAUUGGUGCUGGUGGGCAGGGCUUGAGAGAUUUGAUCGUGAGGUGUGGAGGACCCGCGGAUCCGAAGGCUCAGGCUGGUUUGGUUCGCUUCCCGAGGCAAGGUGAAGAGCCGAACGACGAAGUCCGUCUUCGUGGUGACCCUAAGGUUGUCAACAAGCUCAAAGCCGAAAUCGAGAAGGUCGCCGGCCAGCUCCGUGACCGUGUCGUACUCGCCGUCGACAUCCCGGCCCCUCAACACCGUGCUCUCAUCGGUCGUGGCGGUGCUAACCUCACCGAGUUCCAAACUAAGUACGGCGUUCAGGUGCAGUACCCUGGCUCGCACUCGUAUCACCAGGCUGGUAAGCCUGUGAAUGUGGCAGAGUUGGAGGGCGUACCGGCGGAGAACUUGGUGAAGGUGGCGGGACCGAAGGAGGCUGUUGACAAGGCUAUUGAGGCCCUUAAGGCCCAGGUAAAGGCUCCCGCUCCCGAGAUCAUCGACACCGUCAUCGUCCCCUUCAAGUACCAUCACGCCGUCACCCAACAAGGCAACCUCUUCCGCACGCUCCGCUCCUUCGGUGUGCAGGUCGAACAAUCCUCUCAGCCCUCUAAAUCCGCGCUCCCCGCCCGUCCUCCCUCCGACAACGCCGCUUCUGCCCGCAUCGACGACACCGACGCUGCAGAGCCAGAACCGGAAUGGCAGGUCGUGCCGAACUACCAGGAUGCGGAGGAAGGCGAAUCAGAGUGGACCCUCAGGGCGAGGGACCAGGCUGGUUUGGAUAAGGCGAAGAAGAUGAUCGAGGCGGCGGUUGCGAAGGCUGAGGGAAUGACCACCGUUGGCUUUUUGACCAUGCCGAGUAAAGUCAGCUUCCCGAGGAUUGUGGGCGCGAAGGGCUCGAAUAUCGCGAGGUUGCACCAUGAGACGGGGGCUGACAUUACCGUCGGCCGCGAAAAUAAUACUAUUGUCAUUAUGGGUUCUGACUCGUCGAUCGAGGCUGCCAAGGAGGCGAUCUUGAGGACUGCCGCCGAUACCGGCCGUCGCGGUGGACGAGGCGGAGACUACUAAUCGACGUCAAAAUGCUCGUUGUGCCUCGGCGCACGAAUGCACAGUACUCGCUUGUAUGUUGCUUUGCUGAAUUCCGUAUCGUAUGCUUGCGUCCUGGAUGACAUUUAGUCAUAUAUAUUGGUGGGAGGAGGGUCAAAACUGGAUGGAAGGAUGGGUGGGGCUGGGUGAUGGACGUUGGACGUUGGAUGGUCGACGACGGCGAAGCGUCAUCAAUGUUUUCGUACUUGUUAUCUAAGUCGCUGCAUACUCGCAUGGUUUCGGAGGAACACAGGCAAUUAAACAUGGUAUUCUC